UGCUCUCUAUGUUUGGCCGGAUCUACAAACUUCACUGACAGCUAGCUACGUCAGUUACCGAAAGUAUGAUGUUUUCUGAUAACCUGGGACUUACGUGACGUGUAGCCAACUUGACGUAUACUUUCUAUCGCCAUUUUUUGUAUGAUACUCAUCCACCUUGUCACUGCUUACACCCAAAGACGAUCUCUGCAUAUGCAGAGCCAACAGCACAACUUGAUCGACAUAAGUGCAGACGUGGUCCCCGCUCGAACGUUCUCUCUAUCAUAAUAGAGUCCGUUGUGUACCCUCACUUGUUAAUCCAGAUACUGCGAUGGCGACCAAAUCGAAGGAUGUCAUAAUUUCACUCGGCGAUUUAGGCCUUGAGGAAUCAACCCACCACUCGCUUUGCGAUUCACUAGCCUCUUUUCAAGAUGCUGUCCACUCAUCUGCUCAGAUCGCCGGAGCCAUCAACUCUCAAAUCCUACAGUACACAUCUGAAGCUGAUGCUGCAUUCCUCUCUACUGCUCUACCCACCACGGAGAUUUGUUUGCUUUAUGAGAACACCAAAAGGCUUGCAGAUACCACGAUAACCUUGAAGACCACCAUCAAAACGUUCAACAGAAUGAUAGAGAAUUCCAUAAUUACGCGCAUCGGAUUGCUUGGAGGAUACAGUACAGUCGAUGUGUCCGAUAGGCCUCUCGUUGGAAAACUCCUCUCGCAUUUCGAUGAAAAGAUUAGGGAAAUCAUCCGAGACGUUCUUGAUCGCACUCGUGAUGAAAGCUUGCUGUGGAAGGUUGCCGAGAAAUGCUACGAAGAAGCCAACAGGCUUCGUGGCGCUCUUGAUGCCGAUGAUUAUUUAGUCCCUUUAGGGGAGGCAAAGUUAGGCUGGCCGUUUGACGAGGACUACGAAUCAGAAGCAUAUUACGACCAUGAGGAGCGUCUCUUUUCAGACGAAAAUUACGUCAAAAGCUUCCAAGCCAGAAUAAAUCGCGAACUUGAGAAAGAAGAAGUGUACAAGCGGAGCUGGAUUGAUUUCUGGGUCACGGUAUUGAACAGGUCACCUGGAGGACCAACGCUUUUUUAUCCACCGUUGAGUCCCAACAGUCGGGCCCUCGAGAUUGAAGACGUCCCUAGGUACCUUUUCCGGGCAUUUGAUGUGGCUAGCCAUGGAACGAACGACGACAAUAAAAUAGCGUCCGUAGAGAGCCGUAUUGGUUUAUCCAAACAGGGUCGAAUCGAUUUGUUGCAGCGAGAAAGAAUCGAUGCAGCGAAACGCUUGCAUUGGCAUCUAGACCCGGAAUCACGUACAGCGGAGGAAGACGACAACCUCAUGUCAUGGACAAGCUCAUUACUCUUCGCGAUACAAUGCGCAAUCUGGAGAAGCCAAGGGCGCCAGCCGGGAGAUUUUAAGAUUUGCGUAGUGGAUACCAGGAAAUUUCCACAAGGGCAAUUUGCGCGAGAUCUGUGGUUAUUCAAAGCAAUCGAGUCGAUAACCUUACCGCAAGGUCAGGCGCGAAAUUUCUUCAGAUUCCGUCAAACCAACUCAGACUACUACAACGGCGAGUACCUUUCUCAAGGAACGACGAAUAUUGCCAAUCGAUCGUGCAUCACGUCUCUGCAGAACUUGAAAGAAGCCGGGCUCUCUGAGCUUUAUCCAGAAUUCGACGACCCUGAAGGCAAAACGAAAUGGGCUAAUCGAGCACUGGAAUUGCGAAAAAUUUGGUCAACAAAGCAGGGAACGAGUGAUAGAGAUGUCGAACUUGCGCUUCAGAUCGCGCGCAAAUGUCUAAAUUCAUUCGCACCAGUCGACGUAGCCGCCGUCCUCCUUGCCUUUAAGAAUCGCAAGAUGAUGAAACCAAAACAACUCAGUAAGUAAACAUCUCUUUUCUCUGCUAAUCUUACUACGAAAGACUUACCUACUCAAGACAAUCCUAGCCGAACUGAAACACGGCUGCCCGAGUGGGCAGAAAAGCCGAUUGAAGUCGGCCGAUUUUGGAAUGCUAUCAAGUGUGGCGAUGAAUUGCUCCCCGUAGAGUCUGAACAACCCUCUUCUUUGGACCAGGAAAAGGCAUUCCUACGUCGCAUUUGGCUACCAUGAGAUGUACGUAAUGGGAGAUAAGUGCUUGAACGCAGAAGAUCCCUUCAAGUUGCUCAUACAGCUGGAGAGAAGGGGCCUGAUUGAGCGAGUAGGUCUACCUAGGUAGAUGCCGAACACUGACUUUGCGGUCGUCCUGAGCUGUUGAAGUAUGAACACAGUAAUCGGACAAAGUCUAAAAAGCUUGGCUUUAUAAUCAAAGCAGUUUAAUGCA